UCCGGCUCGCAGGACGUCGCUGCCUCAGUCGCCACUUGCCGCCAUUUGCUCUCCGGCCGCGCGGGGGCGCCACUCGCACUCGCACCAGCCAAACGCCAAAAGGCAAAACCAAAAAGGACAUUCCGACGUCGCCGCCUCGUCGUUCUGCUCAGCUCGCUCGGUUUCGUUUUCGGAUUCGGACUCGUUUCAGCCCGAGAUUCGAUUCGAGAUUCCGAUUCCCGAUUCCGAUUUCGAUUCUUGGCCAUAGUUUCAGUCGGCGAGCCAAAAAGCAGCCUGCCAGUCGAGAGCGCCUUUCCCAGAACCCAGAACUUCACAACUUGAAACUCACAGCCAGAACCAGAGCCUGAGCCCAAAAGAUUGGCACUUCCUAGCGUUUAACGAAACCGCAAAAGUAAAAAGUAACUCGCCAAGAAAAACAAAAAAACAUAAAAACAACAAAUACAAAACCGAAAUUAAGAAGGAGAGAGCACGGGAGAGUGGGAGGGGGACGCCGAGAGGGGGGAUAAUGUGCAAUAAACUCGAUUUUGGACCCAACUAAAUCCUGUGCGAAAACAAACACUCUGCUUUGCCGUCGGCAUCCGUGAGAUACUUUAUCCCAAAAAAGAUGGUGACGAAAGGAUAGUAACAGGAAAAGCUGCCAAAAGGAGCAAGGCGCGCCCAAACUAGGGUGCAGUCCAUGAACAGACUUCAGCGGCAAUUGGGAUCAGGAGGUGAGUGCUUCCGAUCGAGAGGAUAAUGUGUUCAAUAUUUCGCAACCGCAUCAAUUACCGUGGGACUGGCAGCACCAGGAGCGGCAGCGGGGAGCGGGAAAGGGACCGGGAUCGGGACAGGGAUAGGGAGAGGGAGAGGGAUAGAGACGUCCUGCUGGCCAAGGAACUGGAUGCGGACAGCAACAACAAUGGCACCGAGCCGCAAAUGGAAACGGAGGCGGUUCCAGAGUCCGACACGGAACGGGAGUUGCCCGAGGAGCACGGCGAGGAUCAGGAGCCGGAGAACAGCAACGAGGCCCUGGACCUCUCGCUGAUCUCGUCCAGUGGCCGGGGAUCGCUGCCGGGCAGUGGUCACGUCUCGCUGGAGGCCCUACAACAUACCAAAGUGGCGGUGGCCCAGUUCGCGGCCUCGGCGAUGGCCGGUGCAGGUGGCCACCAGUCGCCCGACCUGGCCAUGGUGCAGUCCACCAUCUUCAAUGUGCAGCGGCAGCAUCUGAUGCAGCUGCAGCUCAUCCAGCACCUGCAGAGUCAAUUGAAAAGGGCCGAGGCCGCCGCCUUGGGCAGGCCGACCCACAGCGACGAGGAGGAGGACGAGGUAGAGGCCAAGAAGCAGCCAGCGAAUGGACUGAAGGAGGAGCAGGAGCAGGAGCAGGAGCUAGAGCAGGAGCAGGACUUGGAGCAGGAUCAGGAUCGGGAUCAGGAGCAGGAGCGGCGGCGCGAGGAGAGUUCAAAGACUGACAAGAGGGGAACUGAGGAGAGAAAGGCGGAGCCGGAGGGCUACCAACCCAUGAUGUGCGACAUCAGCUCGAGCCUGGCCUCGAGCAUCAUCACCAACCACGAUCCCCCGCCAGCUCCCAACGAGCCCAACUGCCUGGAGAUGCUGCAGCGCAGAACGGAGGAGGUCCUGGACUCGGCCUCCCAAAGUCUACACGCCGCCCAGAUGCAGGAGGAGUACUCGGAGUACGCCUCCAAGGAGGCCCAAAGUCGCGGGGAGAUCUUCAAGCACCGCUGCAAGUACUGCGGGAAGAUCUUCGGCAGCUACUCGGCCCUCCAGAUUCACCUGCGAUCCCACACUGGUGAGCGGCCCUUCGUUUGCAACGUUUGCGGCAGCAAGUUCACCACGAAGGGCAAUCUGAAGGUCCACUACCAGCGGCACACGCAGAUCUUUCCGCCCAUGCUGUUGCCCCCAGGUGUGGCGCCCAACGUGGGGCAUUCGGGGCAGGGUCAAGUCCAGGCCGAGCAGUAUCCCAUUCGCCUGCCCUUCGUGCCUCCAGUGGCACCGGCGGGAGCUCAGGAGCAGGUCCAGCACCAAGUGGAUGAGCCAGAGGAAGUGAGGCUGGAGGUUCCAGCCCAGCAGGCCGAGGAUCUCAGCAAACCAGUGGUCAAGGAUAAGGAGAAGGAGAAGUCCCACUCCCCAGUGGAGCGUGUCAAGACGCCCAAGGAGGCUAAGCCAGACGUUCAACAACCGUCACCGGAGAAGCCCGAAAAGGAGGUCACCAAACCAGUGGUGACCCCGUCACGACGCAACGGCUCUGUUCGCAAGCGACAGACAAGCAGCGCUGGGAGUCCGCCCCAGGAGGACAGGGAACGGGAUCUCGCCGAGCACCUGCACAUAGCCAAGCUCGUGAGACGCUCCUCGGCCAGCAGGGAAUCGCAGCCGGCGGAGUACUCGCUCGCCCAAAUGGAGCGCAUCAUCGACAAGUCGUGGGAGGACCUGAUUGAGAUCGACAAGACCUCCGAGACCUCGAAGCUGCAGCAGCUGGUGGACAACAUCGAGAACAAGCUGACCGAUCCCAACCAGUGCAUCUUCUGCCAGAAGGUCAUGUCCUGUCGCAGCUCCCUGCAGAUGCACAUCCGCACCCACACGGGCGAGCGUCCCUUCCGCUGCAAGAUCUGCGGCAGGGCCUUCGCCACGAAGGGGAACCUGAAGGCCCACAUGAGCAUACACAAGAUCAAGCCGCCGAUGAGGAGCCAGUUCAAGUGUCCCGUGUGCCACCAGAAGUUCUCCAACGGCAUCAUCCUGCAGCAACACAUCCGCAUCCACACCAUGGACGAUGGCAGCGGUGGCCAGGGAGCUCCUCCGGGCAAUCCUGGCGAGGCUGAGCGUCUGGGCAUCGAGGAUCAGAACUCGAACAAGUCAAUGGGCACUUCAGACACCCUGGACUUCUCCACCACCAUUUCGGACCACUCGGGCCAGAGAUCCGAGUCCUCGCAAGGCGGGGACUUCGAUGAGUUCAUGACCAUGGACAGCACUGACGACUCCCGGGACAACUCCAGUGCGGCCACAGCCACGCCCCAUCCGCUGGAAAGGGACAGGGAGAAGGAUCGCGAACGGGAACGAGAUCGGGAUCGAAGGAUCCCCAACGAUGGCUCCGACGAGAGAUCUCAUUCCAAUCCCGAUCUGGCCGGAGUUCGCAGCGAGAGUGGGGAAAUGCCCGCCAUGGAUCUCUCCUCGCCCUCCUCGGCCUCCGGUCGCAUCUUCGGAUCUGGGCUGGCCAAUGGAUCUGCCGGUGGAGGAUCGGGGGCCGGUGGCCUUCCCAUGCUCGGAAUGCCCAUGCCCCAUCUGCUGCUCAUGGCAGCCGCCCGCGAGGAAAUGCACGCUCUAGGUCACGCUCACGCCAAAUUCCCCCUGCUGCCCUUCGGUCCUCUUGGAUUUAUGGGUCUGCACCCGCCCCCCAAUGUGUGCAAUCUCUGCUUCAAGAUGCUGCCCAGCCUGGCCGCCCUGGAGGCCCAUCUGCAGAGCGAUCAUGCCAAAGAACCGGCGCCGGGCCACGCCCUCCGCCCCCACUGCAGUGACGCUGGAUCGCCGUACGGUGCCAAGCUCACUCUCAAUCCAAAUCUGUUUGCAAAGAAGCCGCCUUCGUCGUCGUCGUCAUCGGGUGACAAGUUGCCGGAGGCCUCAUCCCUGCCCUUUCCCCCCGAAGUUCCCCCAGCGACGUCCAUUAAAGAAGACCCCGACCAGGAGCAGUUGGCGGUGGACGAGGGUGGAUCGGCUGGAGAAGGAUCGGGCAAUGGAGCUGGCUCUAGCUAUCCACAGGAAGCAGGUGAUGCCGAGCAGUCCCUGAUGAAGAUGCAGCUCCAUGCCCAUCGUUUUCCGGCCAGUCCGCUCGACUUUCAGCAGGCUCUGAUGUCCGCAGGUCCUCCGACCUCCAGCUUGGAUCCUCCGGUGAACAACAAGCACUUCUGCCACGUCUGCCGCAGGAACUUCAGCUCGAGUUCCGCCCUCCAGAUCCACAUGCGCACCCACACGGGCGACAAGCCCUUCCAGUGCAAUGUGUGCCAGAAGGCCUUCACCACGAAGGGGAACCUCAAGGUGCAUAUGGGCACCCACAUGUGGACGAACCCCACUUCGCGGCGAGGUCGUCGCAUGUCCUUGGAGCUUCCCAUGCGACCUGGUCCGAACUCGGGAGCUGGUCAUCCGGGGUCGAAUGCCGAACAGGAGUUCAUGCAGCGUCGACCGGAGCUCUUCUUUCCUUACCUGCCGCCCUUCUUCAACGGAUUGCCGCCUAAGCCUUGUGAACUGAGUCCCGGCGCCUUUCCCAAUAUUCCCCCGCCGCCCUUCGCCAACGGCGGGAAGUAUCCCUAUCCGCCCGGACUCCUCGGAUUCCCUGGCUUCCUGGCCCAGCAUCCCUACAGCAUGGAGCGGAGGAGCAGCAGCAAGUCGCCCACGCCGGAGCCGGCCCAGAGUCCUUCGCUGAGGGAGGACGAUGGGUCCGGCAGCAUUUGGCAUCCACUGAGUCGCAUCAAGGUGGAGAGCAAUCCGAACGAGGCCUUGGGCGGCUUCAACGAGCAGGAGGAUCAGGCGGAGGCGGAUGUGGAGGCCACAGGAGGGGACAUCGAGGAGUCGGAGUCCGGAGAUGCGGAGAAGUAACUGAUGAGAUCUUAGUCUUGGAACACACAUGGUUUUUGUGGAGUACAUAUCUUGAGCAUUACCCUACGCUAAGCUUCAACUAGCACUGACACAAACUUAAACUCAAACACAACCCCCCCACACACACACAUAUACGAAUAUAUCCUUUGUGUCUAUACAUAUAUAUAUAUAUAUAGUACGGUUAAUUGAUAGCGAUCUUCAAGGCAUUUAAAUGCAUUAAGUUUAGCCGGUAAGUUGUAAAAAUAGCGGAUCGAGGAAGGAAUCUCUUCAACCGGAUCAGGCAGGCUGCAAGGUCAGAACUUAACUAAUUGUAUGGCUAUACCUAGAUAUAUUUAAAUACAUAUAACGAUAAAUACACGUAAUGUAAACUGUGGUAGUUGCAUAUAAAAAAUUGAAAUCGAAACCGCGACGAAAAUGAUCAAAAAUAAAGCCGGCGUGCGAAAUUGCAAA